AUGGCAUCUGCGGCGCAAGCCAGGGCUUCGGGGAGAGUGGGAGGGCAGGAAGUACCCGGGAAAUGUCAGCUGGUGACUCGAGAGGACAUGGUUCACUACCUGGACGUGAGGGGCGGGUGGGACCUGAAGGAGUGCGAGUGCUGCUUUGUCCGCGCUCUGAGCCUGGGAGCAGAGCGCGCUCUCACCAUGCACAGCCUCUCAUACGCCCGAUCCGUCCUGCACAAACAGCUGCCGGACUCCUUCCCCGUUGCGCCAAGCGGGGGUGGAGCCAUGGGGGACGUUCUGGAGUAUUCCUCAGGGGUGCAGGCGUUUGGGAAGCAAGGGGAAUCGGCGUCGCCUCUUGAGCUGUAUUCCUGCAAGUCUAUUCUUGCGCCGUUCGUCUGUGUGGAGGGGAUGCUCCUCGAGUGGAUGGCGGAGCCUCGUGUGGGCGUGCUCAUGGACCUGGGGGGACUCAGAUCCCGCCUGCCUGCAGUUCUGGCUAAUGAAGGCACCCCUGCUGGUCCUGCUCCCCCAGCUGCUGCAGCAGCUACUGCCCCUGCUGCAGUGUGGUCCUGCUGCUGUCGUUGCAGCAGCUGCUGGGCUGCCUACCGCCGUGCUGUGAGCUUCGCUGCCUUCCUCGUGCUCGUGGCGAGAUGGCCUCGUGUUGACACCGUAUGGAAGGCUCACUUGGAUGCAUAUGAUGCCCUCUACCCAGCUCUAGCAGGGCAGCUGGGGGCAGGCCGGCAGGCGGCAAAUGACGCCUUUGCGUCCGUGCUGGUGCAGGUGCUGGGGGUGAAGAAGAGUGCUGAUCUUCAGGAAGGGUUUGGGUUCUUUGUGCAGCACCUGCUGUCAGGCGGGCUGGAGAAGGUGCAUGCAGAGGGGAGGGGAAAGGGGGGAGCCGGAGGGAAGGCUGGUGAGAAGGCGCAGGGGAGGGGGAAGGGGGAAUCCGUGAUGGAGGCUGCUGACAAUGGAGCUGCUGGGGAUGGCGGCAGAGAGGGGAAGAAUGGGCAGUGGAGGGAGAAUAUGAAUGGUCAUGUAUGGGAGGGGUAUGUGGAUGGCAUUGCUUGGAUUCUACAGCAUGGAGGGGGGGACGGGAGGGAGUUCCGGUGCAGCCACUGCAGUGAGGGGGGCAGCAACAACAAUGGUGGUAGCGUGCAGGUGAAUGAUAUUCCCAAGGGCAUGUAUGUGAGUGGGGCAGGCGCUACAGAGUUCGCCCUUGCGUUUGCCACAGAGCUGUCUAAGCCAGAGAGUUGUACCAAUGCCUGUAUGUACAUAUUCGAUGGCAACAAUGCAAAUAAGGUGAGGGUGGAAGAGGUGGCAAUUGAGGAGGCUAGAAGCAGGCUGGGAAGAGGGGCAGGUGGCAAUGGCAGAAAAUGGGAAUCAGGAGGAACAGGAGGAGAGGUGGCAGCAGCAGAAAACCCAAGUCGGGCAGCACAAAUCCCGAGUGGGGCAGCAGAAAACACGAGUGGGGCAGCAAAAAUCACGAGUGGGGCGGCAAAAAUCACGAGUGGGGCGGCAAAAAUCACGAGUGGGGCGGCAAAAAUCACGAGUGGGCCAGCAGCAGACACGAGUGGGGCAGCAGAAGCUUUGGCAAUGGGGGAUGCAUCUGCUUCCAGUGAUGCUGCUUCUGCUGAAACCCGGCCUUGUGCACGAGCAGAUGGCACGAUGCGUGGUGACAUAGAGAAGCUGCGAGUUCCCUUCCUGCUGCUCGUGGCCCUCAUGUGGCCGGCUUCCAUUCUGGAUAUGGAUAUGUACGAGGGUAAACGGGUGUCGGAGGGGGACGGGAUUCGGUGCAUUGGAACAAAACGCAAGAAGGGGGAGCUGCCGGCUUAUCUGAAGCCAUGGCCCGGGGGAGUCAAUCUGGUGGCAUGUCUGCGAGAGAUGUUGCUGGGGGAGCCGUGCUACCGCCCUGCCUCCCCUGCUGCCCCUUCCGCCGCUCCUGCUGUUGCGACUAAUGCUGCUUCAGCUCCAAGCACAGCUGCUUCUGCGUCUUCCACCCCUGCUGCAGCAACUAAUGCUGUUGCUCCAAACACUUCUGCAGCGACAGGCAAUGCAGCUGCAGCUGCACCCGUUGAGGAUGCAGAGGCCUGUGGUCCCACUGCUUGUGGGGGAAGUAGGUGCGGUGCUGCGGGGUGUGGGAAGGUGGAGGGUAGUGGUGUGAGGCUGAGGAGCUGCGGUGGGUGUGGCAAGGUGGCGUAUUGCAGCAGAGAGUGUCAAAAGGCGCACUGGCCCUCCCACAAGCUCACAUGCCCCGGCAGGACCAGCGGGAAUAAGAGUGGCAACAGCAGUGGUAAGCCUGGGGAGGUGGGGAAGGGGAGGGUGGGAGAGCAGGGGGAAGGAAUGAGAAGGAAUUCAGUGGAGAAUAGUGGUGAAUGCUGGGAGGGGAAAAAAGGGCAUGAGGACUUUAGAGGGAAGGGAAUAGGGAUGAGAAGGAGGAAAAUGUCUAAGGGGAUGGGGAAGGGGAUGGGGAAGCGGAUGGCAAAGCGGAUGGGGAAGCAGAUGGGGAAGCGGAUGGGGAAGGGGAUGAUAACGAGGAUGGGUAAGGGGAUAGGUAAGGGAAUGUGUAAGGAUACGGAUAAGGGGGGAAUGUGUAAGGGGCGGUAUGGGCAUGGGGGAAAGCGAGCCUCCGAUAGGAUGGCUCUGUAUGGACAAGCAUGGGGGUCAGGUGAUUGGAUGGAUCCCUCCUUUCCCACCCCCUCCUGUCCUACCCAUUGCCGGCGAUGUCACUGCCGUAGCCACGUGACAGGCCCAGGAGCUGCCUUGUCAGGCGCUGAAGCAGCCCCUUUCCAACCUUGUCUCGUUGUUGCAGACGAAGAGCCAACACCAGAAGCAGCAGCGCCGCCUGUUUCCUUCUGCCAUGCAGCCCCCCUGAACAAGGCAUGCAUUCCCCCGUGCACCAUGACCUCCGUGCAUUGUCAUGCUGAGAUGCUGCCGCAUCGCAAUGCCCCACCUCCGCCUGCUUGUGUCCUUGGCCCCACUCUCAUCUCGCUCCUGUUUGCUCCUUUGUUCCUAUCCGCCAGCCAGCAGCAGCAGCGCAUCUGCCUCUGCCCGCUAACUCCCCACACCCUCCUACUUCUCAAUCAACCCCUCCCCUCCUCCUUCUCCAGCUCCCGCCUCUCCUCUACACUCCCCCCCUCCUCGUCCCCCUCCGUUCCUAUCUGUCUCGACCUACCUAAUCCCUCUCGUUCCUCUCCUCUCGUCCUCUCCCCCAUCCCUCCCCUCUCCCCCCCUCCCUCUCACCCCCACCUCUCCCCCUCUCCUUUCGUCACCUCCUCCUCUCCCCCCUCCUUUCCCCCUCACCUCCCCCUCCCCCGUCCCUCUACCACGCCCCUCUCCCACAUCCUCCCCAUGCUCACCAAUCCCCCUUCUCACGGAAACAACACAUGA